GUAACCCCAUUAUGUUUCUGGAUGAACUAACUGACUGGCGUAAACACUAUCCCACACAACUUUUGUCAUAUUUUCUAGCUAGCUUAUUCAUAUAAGUAUAUGUUUUGGGAUGGUGCCAUAUCGUUAGGUCGGUACAAGUUAGGAUCUGAUCAUCGUUUGAGAGAAUAAAUAACAUUUAGCUAGUUAGCCGGUUAGCUAACCAUCAGAUCAGGAGGCGUGAGAGGGUUGCUAGCCAGCAGCAUGUCGGUCCACUUCGAGGAGAGAAGCGGUGUUAUCCCGUGUAAAACACCAUGGGGAAAUUGGUCCCAAACUAUGGAGGAGGUAUUUAUUGAAGUGAAUGUGCCCCAUGGGACGUCUGGCAAAGAAGUCAAAUGUAUUCUGGGAUCUAAACAGAUAGAACUACACGUCAAAGGACAACACGUCUUCAAGGUAGGCAUCACAACAAACACAUUUCAGAGUUACGUAGGGAGUGAACGUUAAUAAGGGUUAGCAACAUGGACAAAAUCGGACCUUUCUGGAAUGAAAAUGGAUGGCCCUCCCUUCAGCAAAAUAUAUUUAACCUAAACCCUCCCUGAACGUUUGAAAAAACAAGUGACCCUCCCCUUUCCACAAAAUAAUAAUUAAAACAAAGUGGAUAGCAGAGAACAUGUCUACCGUUUACCCUCACUUCUUGGACAGACCAGAGCCUUAGACAUGCCGUUUUAGAAAGUGUUCUUCAUCCUGAAAGCAUUACAUGGCAACGCAGAAAUGUUGAUAGCACACAGGGCUGCGGGCCAGAAGGUUGUGGGUUCGCAGACCACCGUGGACAAGAGUAGGGGUAGAAAGAUCUCCUUUAUAGUUAAACCAUUACAUGAAUCUAUCAUCGUGUUUGCAGGUCCGAGGAAAAAUAGCUUUUCAUAAAAAAUGUCAUGCAAUUCUACGUCAUUUUACAUAUUAGCAGAAUAUGUUUUAAUACCACACAAAUUACCGAAAUUACAGGCUAAGAAUGGGCAGAGAGAUGUGUUCAUUUUAUCAUCUUUCUCCAAUGCCAAACCAGUGUGUCUUGUUUGUAACGAAACUGUCCCAGUUUGCAAAUAAUUAAAUCUGAGACGUCAUUAGGAAUCUGAGCAUGGUACUUUCAAAAAUUAGGCCUACCUUUCCACCCCAGACAUAGUAGGCUUACCAACGCAGAAACAUUUAAUUUUAACUGCUGGCUACUCUUCCAUGGCUUAACCCAACGGGAGAAGGUCACAAGUGUUUCACUAAAAGCUGUCUGGGUUUAAACAUCUUAUAUUUUACCGGAAGUUAAUAGCUUCAAUUGGAUUACUUCCCAAGCAAAGUACAUUUUUUGUCUCCUCGGCUAAAGAAGGAUGUAGCGCAUCCUCUAAACGUCAAAGAGAAAGGAAACCAUAUCCCCAUAUGUAUCGUAGUAAUGUCAUCCCGGGUAUUUUAAAGCUUGUUUCUAGAAUAAAGCAUCGCGGAACCAAAGCGCUGGUAAACAGUAGAUCACUUUAUAUAAUCAGAUCCGUUUUAUUUUCUUCAAAAUCUUAAGCCUGUGCUUUUUGCCAUUUUCUUUAAUAAAAGGUAGGCUAUGGCAUACCCCCUCAAUUCGAGUUUUGGUUUUAACUUAACAGCCCUUCACUGACAUGGAGGUAGGCUAUUUAAAGAGUGCAGACAAAUCUAUGGAUAUAGCAGCCUAUAGCCUAAUUUCGUCUUUCAAACAGGUAAGAAGAAAUAGGCUCCAACACAUAGCCCUCUUGUUGUUAGUAAAGUCUAAUUAAAAUGAAGACGUUGAAAGGAAUUCUGCUUAUUUGAAUGUCUACUUUCAGCACCACCAGCUGUCCAUUUCCGAUUAAUUGUGCCACAGCUGCUGCUUCAAGUUUCAGCACCACAAUGUAAAUUACUCAAAUCUGUCUUAUUGUGAGGUCAAUAACUCUGAUAAAUACAUCAGGGGCAAGAAACAUAUUGUUUUUAAUCAAAUCAGUUAUAGUAGUAGCAAGCUAUCAAAGUUGACCUCCAGUCCUCCUUCUCUUCCUCACGCUCUCUUUCUCAAACUGAACAGAAAGUAUUGUGCAUUCAGAAAGUAUCCAGACCCCUUCCCUUUUUCCACAUUUUGUUACGUUACAGCCUUAUUCUAAAAUUGAUGAAAUUAUUUGUUUUCGUCAUCAAUACCCCAUAAUGACAAAUGGAAAACAGGUUUUUAGAUUUUUUUUGCAAAUGUAUAAAAAAUUAAAAACAUAAAUACCUUAUUUACAUAACUGUUCAGACCCUUUGCUAGGAGACACGAAAUUGAGCUCAGGUGCAUCCUGUUUCCAUUGAUCAUCCUUGAGAUGUUUCUACAACUUCAUUGGAGUUCACCUGUGGUAAAUUCAAUUGAUUGGACAUGAUUUGGAAAGGCACACACCUGUCUAUGUAAGGUCCCACAGUUGACAGUGCAUGUCAUAGCAAAGACCAAGCCAUGAGGUCAAAGGAAUUGUCUGUAGAGCUCCGAGACAGGAUUGUGUCGAGGCACAGAUCUGGGGAAGGGUACAACCAAAAAAAUCUGCAUCAUUGAAGGUCCCCAAGAACACAGUGGCCUCCAUCAUUCUUAAAUGGAAGAAGUUUGGAACCACCAAGACUCUUCCUAGAGCUGGCCGCCCGGCCAAACUGAGCAAUCGGGGGAGAAGGGCAUUGGUCAGGGAGGUGACCAAGAACCCGAUGGUCACUCUGACAGAGCUCCAGAGUUCCUCUGUGGAGAUGGGAGAACCUUCCAGAAGGACAACCAUCUCUGCAGCACUCCACCAAUCAGGCCUUUAUGGUAGAGUGGCCAGAUAGAAGCCACUCCUCAGUAAAAGGCACAUUACAGCCCACUUGGAGUUUGCCAAAAGGCACCUAAAGGACUCUCAGACCAUGAGAAACAAGAUUCUCUGGUCUGAUGAAACCAAGAUUGAACUCUUGGGCCUGAAUGCCAAGGAUCACGUCUGGAGGAAACCUGGCAUUUCUAAAACCCUGUUUUUGUUUUGUCAUUAUGAGGUAUUGUGUGUAUAUUGAUGAGGAUAAAAAAAUAAAAAUUAGAAUAAGGCUGUGACUUAACAAAAUGUGGAAAAAGUCAAGGGGUCUGAAUACUUUCUGAAUGCACUGUAGGCUAGUCCACGUGCAAGAUUAUUUUCAGAAGAAGCCUUUUCCUGAACAGCCAUUGGUUAGGCAGCACACUUUUUUUUCUUUUUUUUAUCAGCAAGAGCAGAGCAGGCCAGGGCUCAGGGUUGUAAUAUCCAUUGCAGUGUGUAAUGCAGCCUAGUUUUAUUUACACUGUCCCAGCAGCUAUCUUUGCUCUGUGCUUCUCCCAGCAUGCACUUCGUAGCCUAUAGCCUAAAUAGGCGAUGGAUCAUGUGAUUGACACCACACUAAAUAGCCUAUAGACACUUGAUAUUGCGCAACCAGCAGAGAAUCAGAGAUGAGGGGUGACAUCUGUAGCACAACCAUACAGAGCCUGGUAAGAAAUAGAAAAAGCAUGACUCUCCCCCAUUUUCCUCCAGGUAACCAAAUUUGUACAUUUCAAUCCAUCCCUUAGUCUCGCGAGGCCAUCCUUCCAAAACUUGUCUAGUUUUACCUGCAUAGGUGACUCCCAGAUAAUUAUAUAAUAUAAUAUGCCAUUUAGGAGAUGCUUUUAUCCAAAGCGACAUACAGUCAUGCGUGCAUACAUUUUUUGUGUAUGGGUGGUCCCGGGGAUCGAACCCACUACCUUGGCGUUACAAGUGCCAUGCUCUACCAGCUGAGCUACAGAGGACCACAUAAUUCCCACUACAUUUAUUCUCCAAGUACACAUUAUUUAAAGAAACGGUCUGAUAAAUAUGUAGCUAGUACAUAGUUAUUUACAGUACAGAAUGGUGUCUUGGUGAAGGUGCUUCGCUCUCUGAUUCAGGUUAACCUAACGUAGCAGGCGUUAAAAGGCGCCUGGGCGGAGUUCCCACAUCCGUUUUUCCGGGGAAACGGAAGUUAGGUUGAGAAAUACUGUAUCCCUGAAAACCGGUUUUCUGGCAAACCUGCGUAGCUAGAUUCAGGUGAAUUUAGGUAGUCAUGUGAUUGUGAACUGUGAGCUUAUUGGUCCAUUUUUAAUGACCUGUUUGUUUGCUGUGAUUGGUUGCAGGUAUGCACACAGGUAUGAAUCUGAAGGAUUGCAUAUUGUAUUUGCUUAUAGUCCUCUCUUGUACUUCCAGGGUGAAUUAUUUGGCACCACUGUUGCUGAUGAAGGAACGUGGACAUUAGGUGGGUUUCUACUAAGUCAUCCACUCUCUUCUAAUUCAAUCAACACAUUAUGGUUGAAUGUAAACCUUGCAUAAUAAAUCAGUCUUUCACAAGAUGGACUCGUUCAUUGCCCUCUACACAUUUCUCAUCCAGUGGAUAAGUCAUUAGCAGAUAUUGGUUGAAAAUAAAGCCUAAGCGAUCACUCUCCCCCUCCACACGUCUGUUCCAGAGGAUAAGUGUCUGAUCCGUAUCGUGCUGAUGAAGACCAACAGGGAGGCAGGUAACUGCUGGGCCUCUCUGCUACAGGGAGAGUACUGUGCUGAUGCCUGGCUCCAGGACCAGAUGCAGAGGAAACUAACUCUGGAGAGGUUCCAGAGAGAGGUAAGUCAUGGCAAUACCAGUAGUCAUUUCCAUAGAGGUGAUGAAUGAUACUGUAUCAGUCACACGAAGAGCCAGAACAAGCCUCUUUCUUCAUCCACAUUAUCUGAAGAACCUGGAUAGAUGAAGGCAUUUUAACACGCAGGCUUGCUUCUUCUGCACUGCUUUCACUUCUCUACGUUAAAUUCAUUUUGCUGUGUCACUUCCCACUCUGUCAACAGAACCCUGGCUUUGACUUCAGUGGAGCAGAGAUCUCUGGGAACUUUGCAGGUGGUGGGCCAGACUUCUCCAGCUUGCGGAAGUAAAGUGACAUCACAGUGUUGUUAAACAGCAAAAGGGACCCACCCACUGUACAGUAUGCCUGAGACUUCUGUCAUAUGGGACACGGUUGAGGCCUGCCUAGGGGUGAAGAGAUUGUACUGUACAAGGACAAAUACUGCGUUCAUAACCAAGUGGGAAGGUGGUAUUUACAACAUAUGACUGGGGAAAAUCUGCUUGAAUGCCCCUCCAACUAGUAAUUACUAGUGGGAAACGUAUCAUCCCUGAGCUCCGACUUCUCCCACACGCUGACCUC